GCGAGCUCUGCUAGCUGCUGCUGCUGCCUGUCAACAUCAUACAGCCCCAGAGGACAUCUUUGUCACGGAUUUUGUUUUUAACUGUUUGUCCCUGACAGUCCACUAACUGUCCUCCACCAUGCCCAUGUACCAGGUAAAGCCCAUCUGCGGGGGUCACAUACAGACCGACUUGCCAACCUGCAUGUACAAGUUACCAAAUAUCCACGCGCAGCAGGGGGACAGCUGCACCUCUGAACACGCGCUUCAGAAUGGCGAGGUGGACCCGGCAGUCAAAGCUCUGGAGGCCCGGCAGGACGAGAUCAUGAGAAAACUGUACGAGCUGAAAGCAGCUGUGGAGGGCCUGGCGAAGACGGUUACAACCCCAGAUGCCGAUCUGGACCUGACAGUCAGCAGCAGCCUCUCCUGCCAAAGCUUCAGCUCCACAGCCUUCAAAGGCGUCACAAGCCUGGACACACUACUGGGAAAGGACCUCGGUGCUCUCCGUGACAUCGUCAUAAACGCCAACCCGGCACAGCCACCUCUGUCCCUGCUGGUGCUCCACAGCCUGUUGUGUCAGCGCUACCGGGUGCUCUCCACCGUCCACGUCCACUCCUCGGUUACCAGUGUGCCACCACAGCUCCUGUCCUGCCUAGGUCCACGCCAUGCGGACAGCUAUGCCCGCCAGAUGUUCCAGCUUGGCUUCACCCUCAUAUGGAAAGAUGUCCCCAAACUGCAGAUGAAGUUCAGCGUCCAGAACAUGUGUCCCAUCGAGGGUGAGGCCAACGUGGCGCGCUUCCUCUUCAAGCUGCUGGCUCCCUACCCCAGUGACCCUGCGCUCGCAACACUGGUGGACAGCUGGGUGGACACGGCUUUCUUCCAGCUGGCUGAGGGCAGCGCCAAGGAGCGCUCCGCCGUCCUGCGGGCUCUCAACUCCGCUCUGGGCCGCAACCCCUGGCUGGCCGGGCCGGAGUUCUCCCUGGCCGACAUCGCCUGCUACUGCUGCGUGCUACAGAGUGGCUCGGCCUCCGCUGCCCCUGCUAAUGUCCAGCGCUGGAUCAAGUCCUGUGAGAACCUGGGCCACUUCAGCCCUGCCAAGCUACUUCUGCAGUGACUGGGGCCGUCCCGGGACCACACACCAGAAGGGCGUCUUACCCAAGCAAAGUGAGAGAAGGGCAUUAGAAUAUUAACAUAUGCCAGCCAUGUCUGGAACACCUUUAAUGUUUCCCUCCUUACUGGACUGUAUCACUGCGCUGACAAAGACUCAGUAGAGGUGAUGAGGUUGACGGUUAAUGUGACUCCAGUAUUUGUCUCAGCCAUGCUGCUUUUGUAUAAAACAGAGGUUCUAAGGGAUUUUCUGCGAGGGAGGAAGCAUGAGAGGACUGUGAAGACAUGGGCUUGGUGGUGGAUUAAAUCAAAGGUACUGACCAGUUGUUAGUCCAACACACACUGUACACCUUCCACCCACUUUGUGCCUAAAAUGAUCCUGUUCUAAAUGUGUGUGUUUAAGUGUGGUAACGGGUAUUACUAGAUGUUUUCAGGAGUAAUACUUUGUACCAUUUGUUUUUCUGACAUCAUUAAAACUUUGGAUCUAAC